GUGCGGUGUGCGCGGCUUCCCAUGAGCCCGUGUGCGCUCCUGAUGCCAGCGCCACGUGCCCUCUUGGCAGGUCUUGUUCCGCGGGAGUGGUGGCAAGCCCAUGGCCGUGCUCUGCCUGACGGUGGAACCCCAGCCCCACGUGGUGGACCAGGUCUUCCGCUUCUACCACCCAGAGCUCACCUUCCUGAAGAAGGCCAUCCGCCUGCCUCCCUGGCACACGCUUCCAGGUGUUCCCGUGGGGACGCCCGGCUCAGAGCCCCCGGUCCACGUCCGAUGCAGCGACCCAAAUGUCAUUUGUGAGACCCACAGUGUGGGCCCCGGGGAGCCGCGGGACGUGUUCCUGAAGGUGGCUAGUGGUCCCAGCCCAGAGAUCAAAGACUUCUUCAUCACCAUUUACACGGACCGCUGGCUGGCGACACCCCUCCAGAUAUGGCAGGUCCACCUGCACUCCCUGCAGCGUGUGGAUGUCGCCUGUGUCACAGGCCAGUGGACCCGCCUGUCCCUCGUCCUCCGGGGGACACAGGCGGUUAGGAAAGUGAGAGCAUUCACCUCGCACCCCCAGGAGCUGAUGACGGACCCCAAGGGCGUCUUUGUGCUGCCCCCCCACGGGGUACAGGACCUGCACGUGGGCGUGCGCCCACUCAGGGCGGGCAGCCGGUUCCUCCACCUCAACCUGGUCGACGUGGACUUCCACCAGCUGGUGGCCUCGUGGCUCGUGUGCCUUUCCUGCCGCCUGCCUCUCAUUUCCAAGGCCUUUGAGAUCAAGCUGGCCGCCGGGGAAGGUCAGGGCGCCAACAAGCGGAUCACCUACACCAACCCCUACCCCACCCGGAGGACUUUCCACCUGCACAGUGACCACCCCGACCUGCUGCAGUUCAAGGAGGACUCCUUCCAGGUUGAGGGGGGAGAGACCUACACUAUUGGCCUGCGGUUUGCACCGUGUCAGAGAGCUGGGGUGAAGGAGAUUCUGAUCUACAUCAACGACCACGAAGACAAAAAUGAAGAAACGUUUUGCGUGAAGGUCACCUACCAGUGACGGCACAGCCUCCGGGGGCCAGCCGGGCCUCUGCAUCUGCCUGGGGACAGCUCGCGGCUUGGAGUUCAUGUGCUCAAGCUGUAGACCCUCGUCCCUCAGAUGCCCGCCUGGGUGACCCGUGGACUUGGCCGAGGGGGGAGGGGCUCUCCGCACCUCAGUCCCGCAUCCAUGCUGGACCCCACGUAGCGGGAACAGGUGCCUGGCGUACAGGAGCCCGUUUCUCUCUGCUGCACAAAAGGGACUCACUGUCUAUGACAUUUUGAUUUGCUUUUAGCAAAAUAUAUUUUUUGAA